CCAAACAGCAAAAACCACCCUCCGCCAUCAUUCUUACACACACAACUUUUUAUAUAUACAAAUUCCACAUCUUUCCUGUAUCUAUCUAUCUUAAUAUACACAAAAUAUUUAUAUCUGUAUCUAUAUAUUCAUAUAUCUAUAUAUAUAUACCAGGGUUUAUAUAUAAAAGAGACGCAGAUGAAGCCAAUAAGGCUACCGGAACCACCAGGCAGUCCACCGAGAGGCGUACCGGAUAUAUUUGAAGGCGGUGUUUACGGUGUUGUUAAGCGCGCCGUGAUUAUCGGUAACGGUUUUCCGGCGUCGGAGAAUCAGAGUAUUGGUUUAGUUAAAGCGCUUGGCUUGUCAGAAAAGCAAACUUUAUAUCGUGUUACAAGGCCAAGUGGGGGAAUUAAUGAGUGGCUGCAUUGGCUCCCAGUUUCUGUCCAUAAACAGAUAUACUACAUUCUUAGACUUAUUUAUGGUUAUUCACGGGUCCUAUUUACAAAGAGAGGCAGUAGAGUUCAAUCUUUGACUGGAGAAAAUGGUGGCGGUGUAGGCUUAUCAUCUAUACUUGAAGCUGAUGUGAAGUCAAUAGUAACAAUGGCAAAGGGAACUGCUGAGAAGGAUGGACCUCUAUUGGUGGUUGCAUGUGGCAGAGACACCAUAUCUAUUGCAAGCUCAAUAAAAAAGCUAGCAUCCGAUAAUGUGUUUGUUGUUCAGAUUCAACAUCCACGAACACGAGUGAGUCGGUUUGAUUUGGUGGUCACUCCCCAACAUGAUUAUUAUGCUCUGACCCCUCAAGCACAAGAGCAGGUUCCUAGGUUUUUACGCAAGUAUGUAACUCCUGAUGAGCCCCCUAACAAGAAUGUGGUCCUUACUAUGGGUGCUCUGCAUCAAGUUGAUUCUGCUGCCCUUCGUAGUGCAGCUGUUGCCUGGCAUGAUGAGUUUGCACCUUUGCCAAAACCCUUAAUUGUGGUUAAUAUUGGGGGACCUACAAGUCGUUGUAAAUAUGGUGCAGACCUUGCAAAGCAGUUAACAACCCAGUUGCAUGGCGUUCUUGACAGCUGUGGGAGUGUGAGAAUUUCGUUUUCAAGGAGGACUCCAGAUAAGGUUGCAACUAUUGUACGGAAAGAACUUGAAGACAUUCCAAAAGUCUAUGUAUGGGAUGGCGAAGAACCGAAUCCGCACAUGGGACAUCUAGCUUGGGCAGACGCUUUCAUAGUAACAGCAGAUUCAGUCAGCAUGUUGAGUGAAGCCUGCAGUACUGGGAAGCCUGUAUAUGUUGUUGGAGCUGAGAGAUGUAAAUGGAAAUUUGGCGAAUUUCAUAAAACUCUACGAGAAAGAGGUCUUGUUCGGGCAUUUACAGGCCUUGAGGAUAUGUCAGAAAGCUGGAGUUAUCCGCCUCUAAAUGACACUGCUGAGGCUGCAAAUCGUGUACAUCAAGCACUUGCUGACCGAGGAUGGAGAUUACGGCCAUAGUGUUGCGACAUGUGCUGUUUUUGGCUUAAUAUGCCACAUCCUGGUGAUGUUGCAGCGCCAAAGUAUGUUGAAGAUUCAUGCAGAUAUACCAGACUGGUCAGACUUUCCAAGAAUUUUGUCCAAAGUUUUCUUUGCCUUUUGCACAAUUCCGGGAUUAUACAUAUUUAGUAUUGGUACAAAAAGGAGGUCCUUGAGAGGAAGAUUUAUAUUAUUCGUAUUCUUUGACCAUAGGUGUCAUGAAAUGGAAGUUAAUAAAAGAUCAGCGUAUCUUACAAACAGUUUGUUGCUCUAUUUUUGUCACUGGAUGUCAUAUUACCAACAAGAUGUGUUGUUAGGGUCUAUUGCUGUUUUGGUGAGCCAGCACAAAGGUUGAUCUGAAGUCUCCAGCUCGGCAGGGCAGAGAAGAGUGGUUGGCCUUAUUCACUUCAUUCUGUUGUGCCAUAAAUGCUCCUUCACUGAGCAAUGUUACCUUAAUGGUAUCAUUCGAGAUCUAUAAUUCUGUUAGGUGUCUAUAUAAGUAUGAGUAUAUAUUGGGUAGCAUAUACAUUGAAAUUCAUAUUGGAUUUUAGAUGAUUAUGAUUUGAACCCUUGGGCUAACUUCUUACACUUUAAGAUUUCAUUUUUUAGAUAUUGUUAUGUUUUGCAAGGAAUGACACUGUUGCAUCAUUCGGACUUCAAAAAAUUCAACCCUAUUAGGGCCCGAACCAGUUUCUGAAAGUUCAAAUGGUGUUUUGUUUCUAUUGUA